UAUUUCAUUCUCUCAAAGAAAAUUAGAGGUUCAUCUGAACUGCUCCUAAAAAUGUCUGGUCGCGGAAAAACCGGAGGCAAAGCCCGAGCCAAGGCUAAGACCCGAUCCUCCCGUGCCGGGCUCCAGUUCCCGGUGGGUCGCGUCCACAGGCUGCUCAGGAAGGGAAACUACGCCGAGCGCGUCGGUGCCGGCGCUCCCGUCUACCUGGCCGCCGUGCUCGAGUACCUGACCGCUGAGAUCCUGGAGUUGGCCGGAAACGCCGCUCGCGACAACAAGAAGACCAGGAUCAUCCCCAGACACCUGCAGCUGGCGGUCAGGAACGACGAGGAGCUCAACAAGCUGCUGGGCGGAGUCACCAUCGCUCAGGGAGGCGUCCUGCCCAACAUCCAGGCGGUGCUGCUGCCCAAGAAGACCGAGAAGCCCGCCAAGACCAAGUAAAGCUGCCGGAGCUCCACCGCAACCCAACGGCUCUUUUAAGAGCCACCCACAUCCACAUUCAGAGACGGUUCUUACUUAAACCAACGUAACAUUCAUUACAACAUAAACUAGUUUACAAGAGUUAUUUACUGUAUCGUAAUCGAUGGUAAUGUAUAAAAUAUUGAUGAUAAACACAAUAAAUUUGCAUCAUUAGCCACCAGCUAUAAAGAGAUCAUGCUCUCGGACAAACUGGGAAAAAAAUCAAAGAACUAUUUUGCACUCAAAAAAUAUUGGUUGUUUUUCAAGAGUUGUAUGUGUUAUGUAACAUAUGUAGCUAUAAUGAUUUGGAUCUCUAACACAAUAGUUUUCUAUCGUUAUGGUGCAGCAUGAGGACAUUAAACCUGUUUAUCUUCUAGUCAGAAUGCUGAAUUGGGAUAAACGAGCUUUUGUCCUGUUUGCUCCUGAACUAUAUAAACAGUCACCUCUGGCUAAUUGGCUAAAAACAAAAACGAUUGUCUUCCAUUACAGCAUUGGAAGAGUUUUAUUUUGUUUUGAUUGAUAACUUAAAAGUUCAUUUUUUAUUUACUAUUGCACAAUGUUACCGUUUCCUUUGUGUCCAGAACUCUGGGCCUCUUUGGCUGCUGGUGGAAGGUGCUGUAUAAAUACAUCAAAUGAAUGAAGUAGUUUCUCUUAAACCAGAUUUUAAUGUUUAGGUCUGUUGAUACACUAACAGCAAAAAUUCAAUUUAUCUCGAUUAAAUACAUUGAAUUUGUCAACAUGGAAAUUUCAAAGCUAUAGUUUUAUCUGAAUUUAUUGAUUUGUGAGAAUAGUAACAAUCUUUGUCAAAUUUCGUGCUGUACCCUUUGGUUCAGCAGGCAGUUGAAAGGUUUCAAAGGGCCUAAAAGUCCUCGUCUAAUGUAAUGAUUGAACAAUAAUUUGAAUCGCCAGAACUUCUUUAUUCAUCACUAAACAAAAUAUUUAAUAAAAAAAAAUGAAGGCAAGUGUGAAUAAAUCAUGGAUAUAAUAAAAGGGCAAAAAGUGCUUUCUGCACCAUUGAAACCCGCUCUGACGGUCACUGACACUGUCUUCACCUACGUCCGCACUCUGAAAAGCCUCACUGUCUGAUUCAAAGCUGCGAGAAAACGUUAUUUGGGGCGGGUUAAUGACCCUCGCGGGUUCGUUAGUCGGUUUUUAUCUCCUUUCUAGAGGCUGUGAGAUGUUGUUCAAUGCGAGUUUGCCAGGCGUGCAUUUCGUGCGCGGAUCUUACACCCGAACUGAAAACUGACAAGGGGAAGCAGGAAAACGUACUUCUUGUAAGGCUAAUAUUGAGAUUUUCAUUAUUAUUUUACCAGGAAAUCCAAAUGAGAUUAAUCCUCCUUUUCAAGGGAAAUCUGAGCCGAAAGGCAUCAACAAGAAAAUAAAAUGCAGUUGAAACAACUAUAGUAGAAAUAAAUACAAUAAAACACAAUUAGAACAAGCAGUAUGGCAAUAAUUAAUCAAAAGGAAAGGGAACUGGUUUUCUCCUCACCUUGCAUCUAUGAAGUUUACUUCAAACUCCAUACGUAUAGAGAAUAUAAUUCUUUAAAUCUACAACUAGGACAAACAGUACAACAAAGUAGUAGAAGAACAAUAGUAAUCGCAGGUGAUCAAUUUUGAUUUUUGUAACUUACGUCACUUUUUACAAAUACAAAUAAAGGAUUUUGAAAUCCACACACUGCUACAGCACUUGUUCCACAUAAUUAUUCUGAGGGAGAAAUGGUGGUAUAGUAUUAUGGAUGUCCAUACUUCCACGUUUGCUUUGAAAAAAAAAAAAAAAGUUAAAAAAAUCGUCUAAAUUUAAAGUAGAGACUGCACAGGUUGUUUAUAAUU